AUGUCCGGGAGACCCAGACGAUCGUGUGACGCCUGCAGCAGCCAGAAACUGCGAUGCUGUGGCCAGAAGCCCAUUUGCCAGAGAUGCAGGCGACUUGGCCGGCCCUGCAUCUAUCGGCUGAGGAGGAGGACGAUUACGACGACAGCAACAACUGCAAUAACUGCUGCAGCAGCAGCAGUAGCACCAGGCCCAAUCACCACUAGCGGUACAGGCCAUUCCUCUCCGUUAUCUGACUUGUCUGAGUCUUCACUGUUGCGCCUUCAUAUACCUGAAAAGCGUUACUUUGGAGUUCCAAUCGCAUUGCUCCCAACGCUGGUAAACCUAUACUAUACUCACCUGUACAAUGCCGCGCUCCUUUUGCACAGACCUUCGUUGAAUCGAGCUAUCGAGUCAGAUACAAUCCGUAUUGAUGUGCUACUCAGCAUUUGCGCCGUGGCUUCCCGAUUCUAUACAGACUCGAAAGGCUCUGCAACCCUGGUCGAAAGUCAGUUUGAUCGCGAAUGGGCCGAAGCAGCGGGUCGGAUAGCGUUUCGAAAGGUGGAAUCACCUAAGGGCGACAAUAUUGUUGUAUUCCUCAACCUGGCUCUCUUCUGGUAUAGCCAUGGCCAGUUCCGGCGGUCGAACAUGCUUACGGGCUGUGCGUCGAACACCGCUUGGGUCCUUGGAGUGCCUCAUGACGAGCAGGGUAGUGAGAACAUUCUAGACUCCGAGAUGCGACGGAGACGAUUCUGGGCCUGCUAUCUGCAGUGCUCGUUCCAGGCCGACUCCCUCUUCCCAAAGGUGCCCACUGAGGGUAUGCUGAUUACUAGACUUCCCUGCAGCGAGUCUGAGUUUCAACUGGGGACUCCUCAAUCGAGUAUUACUUUGAAUGAUGCAGAGAGCACAAAGAGCAUUUACGCCGAGCUAAUAAGGGCCAUGGCCCUGUGGUUAUCAGUCGUUCUCCUCAUCAAGCAGACGAGACCAAGCCUGGCAAGUCGUAUGGCCGAGAUUCAGACCCUGGAUGGACGCAUCCAUGAGGCCUGGUCAAAGCUAAACCCGUGUUUUCACCUAGAUUGCGCGCGGAUGGCUGCAGUACCUUCCCAUGAUCUGCCGAAAUUACUCCUGUUGCACUUUAUUUAUCAUCAAUGCCUCUGCUCCCUGCAUUCGUCUAUAGUGCCACUCUUCUCCUGGAGUCCUUGCGAGGGCGUCUUCGGAUACGCGCAGCAAUUGUCUGCACAAACAGCUUUUGAGCACGCGAACUCUAUGUCGGCGCUUCUAGAUGCAGCCUUGGAGCUGGACUUGGAUUGUCGCAGAUUGCCUAGCUUCAUCGGGUACGCUGCCUACUCUUCAUGCGCUAUCUUGACUCCGUUCCUGUGGUGCUCGCAGCCAAAUGUCAGACAGCGCGCCGUAUCCAGUAUUUUGGCCAACCUGAAAACUCUACAAAUCCUGGGAAGGUACUGGGCCUUUUUAGAAGUUCUGGGGAGUUUUGCCUGUGGCCUGUACAAGGUGCAUGCGAGUGCCCCGUUUCCACUAACAGAUGAGCCAAAAAGCAUGGCGCCCGAAGCCCUAAGAGAAUUCAAACCAGCUAAUUCAAGAGCGCGACUAUCUAUUCUGACGCACAAUUCCAUCAUUAUUAGUGAGCAAGGUUCGACCGCGCAGGCUGCGGACGAUAUUGGGGACCUUGGUCUUGAGGAUGCAGGCUUUCAAGGACCUGUGUCGGCAGAAGCGAAUAUUUCUGGAUUUAUUUCACAAAUAUCGCCUGAAGUUGGCACUACGGGAACCCAGCUACCUAUCCCGAUGAACCCCUUUAUACUUUCGGAUCCCAUCGGCUCUUGUGUUCUGGACGGCAGUGUUGUUGAACCUAUAAUAGGACUUGGCAUGGACCAGUUUGGACAUAUUGAAGACUGUAUUUUGGAUCUGCUGAGGCAAGAAGGUCUGCUACAACAACAGGGAGCACAAUAA